AUGAUAGAAAAUACCAACACCGAAAAUAAAGAUUUAACUAAUGAAGAUGCUGCUUAUAGUGCUAUUCUUGGUGGUGAGUUUGGUGCAUUAGAAAUCAAUACAUAUAUUGGAAGUAAAACAAGUGAAGGUAUUUAUGGAGGCGACAAUAAUGAAAAUGAUGACGAAGAAGAAGGUGAAAUUGCACAUUUGCCUGAUGCAAUAGAUUUCGAGGAUGAAGAUGAACUAGCUAGCGAAAGUGAACAACAACAAAAUAAUGAGCAAACUGAAGAAGAUGCACAAACAACAGUAUCAAUGGCGGAGCAAGAAAGACAUGAGUUAAGAAAUGGGAAUACUGAUUAUAUCCAACUUGAAAUUGAUACUGGUACUAGUAAUAACAAUAAUUUAUUUGAAAUGAAUGAAGAAAUUUUUACACUACAUGAAGUAGCACACACCUCUGAUGUUGAAAGAGAAGAAGCAGUAACAUCAACGAAACUUAUAACGAAUAAAGGAAUGGAAUCACCUACAAUGCUAACUUCUACCAAACAAAACGAAUUUCAGAAACUUGCGGAUGAGGAAAAACAAUUAUUAAAAGCUUAUUUCCCCACUUUUAAAAAGGGGAAAUUGCUAAAAUUGACCAAAUUGUUGCCACCAAAACCACAGGAAUAUAAUUGGCAUAACCCAACAAGACCGCUUAAACCACUACUUCCCACAACUUUUAACUUUGAUUUUUGUGCGGACACCAAGGAUUUUUUUAAUAGCGGUAGUACAUUUAGUGGUGUAAAAAAUACGAAUAUAGUUACAGUUAAUUUAAACGAAUUAUUUCUUAUUGGAAAUAAUGGUACUGGUCAGAUGAAUGCUAAAGAUGAAGAAAGUGGAAAGAAUUUAGACACAAAUAGAGGAUUAGAAGAGGAAGAGUCAGAUGCUGUUAAGGAAGAUGGGGAGCUUAAAAAGAGUCCGCUUGCAAGCCAAUUAUUGAGCAAAGUAAACGCUUUAGAACUGGAGUGUGCUACUGAUAACUGGGAUACAGAGUUAAUAAUUAGUGGUGAAAACGCUAGGGGACGAGGUGAAUAUGAAAGCAUCAAAAGCGAUGUAGAAAUAAUAGAAGAAGACUGGAAUUGGAAUGAGGAACAAUUAAUUAAUGGUGAUUUGGGGAAAGUUGAGAAGCCUGUUUUAGAUAUAAAUGAUGAAAGAUUAUUAAUCAAACCAAAACGAGCUACCGCCGAUGACAAUGAGGAAAGCGAUGAAGAGAUAAAGAGGCAAAAGAAGCGUAAAGCCUUUAACUAUUUGCUGAACAGAGCCCCUGAAACAUUGUUAACCAAAUUUAACUUGUCCAAUGAUAAAAGUUAUGAUAUUUUGAAACAGAAUUAUCAAGCUAAAAUUCGGUCGAACUUAUCCAACUUGAAUAUAGAGCACUCAUUACCUGCGUUAAAACUACAAUCUCCAUUUUAUAAAGUUUUGAUGACAAAGGAACAGCUAAGAUUUUUCCAUAAAUAUCAAUUUGGGGCCAAGAUCCGUCCUGGGACUACCAUAUUGUUUAGUAAAUUGAAAACGCGGAAAAGGAAAAGGGAUAGAGGGAAAGAUGUGCGUGAGAGUUUUCAACGCUCUAGCGAUUUAACAAUUGGUGAUACAGCGCCCGUUUUCCUUUUAGAAUAUUCUGAACAGUCGCCUGUUGGGUUAUCCAAGUUUGGUAUGGGAUCGAAACUAAUUAAUUAUUAUAGAAAAAUGAGUGAAAAUGAUACCUCUAGACCCAAGUUACCUGUUGGUGAGACUCAUGUGUUAGGAGUUCAGGAUAAAUCACCCUUUUGGAACUUUGGUUUUGUAGAACCUGGUAAUAUUGUGCCUACCUUGUAUAACAAUAUGAUUAGGGCGCCGGUUUUCAAACAUGAUGCGCUAGCGACAGAUUUUCUUUUAGUUAAGAGUACUGGUUCAGGAAAUGGGACCAGAUUCUACUUGCGUUUGAUAAACAAUCUGUUCACUGUGGGACAAACUUAUCCGUGUUUAGAAAUACCGGGUCCAAAUUCAAGAAAAGUUACUGCUAUGGGGAAGAAUAGACUAAGAAUGGUGGUUUACAGGUUGUUGAACAAAUCGCCGCGUCAUAGAUUAUUAGUUCGACAGGUUUCUAAGCAUUUUCCCGAGCAAAGUGAAAUGCAGAACAGACAAAGAUUAAAGGAGUUUAUGAAAUAUCAACGGGAUGGUGAAGAUCAUGGGUUUUGGAAAUUAAAAGAGGGAGAGACAUUGCCAGACGUUGAAAACAUUCGAAAGAUGAUUACACCUGAAGACUGUUCAUUGAUUGAAAAUAUGAUGCAAGGACAACAGUUUUUGGAUGACGAUAUUUUUGUUAAUUUGGAUGAACAACAACUUAAACUUGAAGAAUCAUUAUCACCUUGGAAUGUUACGAAGAACUUUUUAAAUGCCACACAAAUGAGGGCGAUGCUUGCCAUACAUGGUGAGGGAGAUCCAACGGGAUGUGGAGAAGGGUUUUCGCUUUUGAAAACGUCGAUGAAAGGUGGGUUUAGCAGAAACGACUCUGGUGGUACCACGAAUAAUCAUCACACUUAUAAUGUUGCUCAACAACAAAAGAAUUAUGAAGAGGAGAUUGCGAAAACUUGGUAUAUUCAAGCCAGAGCAUUGAGUGUGAAUAAUCCUUACGAGGAGAUAAACAAUCCUUAUUCAUCGAAUGAAAGUAAUAGAAAGGUGGUUAAGCGUCGAAAAGAUGGGAAAGUAUUGAAAAUAGUACGAAAGAAAAGGGAUGAAAACAAGAUUAUUCAAAGAGAAACUCUUUUUGUUAGAGAUCCAAGGGUAAUCAAUGGAUAUUUGCAAGCUUAUAAGAGGAAGAAUGAGAUUAAAGAGGCUAAUUUGAAUUUAGAUAUUUUGAUGAGUGAUGAUAUUAGUAAAGUUGUUAGUGGUAAAACAGAGGAGGAAAUUACUUUAAAACAGAAAAAAUUAUUGGAAGAACAAUUGAUGAAAUUGCAGAAAUCACAGGAAAGGAGAAAUCAAAGAAAAUUAGCCAAAGAAUUAACUGCUACUGCUGACGGUACUAUGGAUAGUUCCAUUAGUGCUACGGCUAGCAUUUUCAAUAAUGAAGAAAAUAAAAAUGAAACUGUAUUGACUGUCAAUGGGAAGCCAUUAAAGAAUACCAAUAGAAAAUGUGCAAACUGUGGUGCAAUUGGCCAUAUCAAGACAAAUAGAUCUUGUCCAAUGUAUAGUCAAAUGCAAUAG